AUGGAGAAAAAUGGAAAAGAUAAAAUUUUGAAUAGACAUUUGACAAUUUCAUUCGAAAAUUUAGAAGGUGAGAUUGAAUUGAUAAAUACAUGUAUUGAAAGAACUAUUUCUACAACUGAUACUUGUAUUCGUCAUAUUCAAUCUAAUCUCUCUAACGAUUCUAAUGAAAAUAAUGAAAUUUUUGAAUUUGACAAUGAUGGAAAUUUAAUCAUAUUGAAUCAACAUUUUCAUCAUGAUCUGGAAACAGUUAAUCAUUCUUUGAUAGUUCAAUUAAAUGAUCGUGAUAGACAUGCUGUUGACGAUCGUGUAUUGAUCGACUCAUGUUAUUUGAGUAUUAAUUUGAAUCAACAUGAUCGUGAUAUGGUCGACAACAGAAUGUUAAUCAUGACGAAAAAUUUAAUGAUUCAUAUUAAUCGUAUAUCAGAUACGUUAUUAGAAACAUUUUUAAAUUUGAAUCAAAUAAUGGAGGCUGAUGUUUGUAAUGAUAUUCAACACGAUUAUACAAUCACCAACAUCAUUUCUACUAAUAAUACUUCUUCACAAACACGACAUAAUACUAUACAACACGAAUUAAUAAUUAUUUUGAACGAUUCUGAUAGAAAUGCUGUAGAUAACAGAUUUUUAGUGGAAUCACGAAAUUUAGUUAUUGAAUUACCACAACCAUACCAUUCCUUAAUAGCAAAUGAUGAAUAUUGCACCGAUUUAUUGAAGGUUAUUUUAACGCCACUUCCCAUACGUGCAAUGGUAUCUUCUUCUGACGUAUCCCAAUCAUCAUUGUCAUCGAUCCCAUCGAUUAUACCACAAUUAUCAUCACCACCACCAUCAUCAUCAUCACCUCCAUCAUUGCUGACACGAUCACAAAGACGACAACAAUCAAUGUCUCCUAUUCCAAUAAUUGUCGGACAACAAAAUCCCAAUGAUAUGAAUCAAAGGGUUAGACAUGCCGAAGUACCACAUAGGGUAACAUUUCGUUUAGCUCUUCGUACUCAACAUGUACAACAAAUUGAUACUUUUCAUUUGGGAUCUUUCUCCGACACGUGCAAAUUCUGCUUGGCAGAAUUUUUCACCAAAGAGCCGAAGAACCGGCAAGGAAAUCGAAAAAUUUGUUGUCAUUUUGGUCAAGUCAAUAUUCCAUUUUUGCAAACCUAUCCUGAUGAUAUGCGUGAGUUGUUCGUGAUGAACGACGAAAUCUCGACAAUCUUUCGUCGAGAUAUUCGUCGUUACAAUACCAUUUUCGCUAUGGCCUCUUUUAAAGCGAACAUUCCAGAAAAUAGAAAUAUUGGGCAAGGCCAUUGGUGUUUCCAUGUUUGCGGUCAAAUUUAUCACUACGUGGAUAAAAUCCCAACAGCCAAUGACAUCGCCGCUCUAGAUGGUCCUCUGAAGUACAACCAAUAUUACUUUGUAGAUGCAGAAGAAGCGGUCAACAGAAAAUCUCAUUUCUACGGAGAUGUUGUCAACAAAGAUAUUGUUAGUUUAUGUGAACUUAGUUUGAGAAGAGUCAACCCUUAUAUUAGAUCUUAUUUCACUAUGGCAGAAGUUGUUCGUGGAAUGCGUUCCCUAGGAAUGCCUAUAAAUGAUGUCUCCAUAGCAUUCAAAGAUCGGAUGGCAGAACGACUAAGAACAUAUAAUCUUCCAGCAACUACCACCACCGAAGUUGCAGCACUUUUCGUUGGAGAAGAACCUCCAUUUUCCUGUGAUCUUAUAGUCCAUGAUCGUGAGGGAGACGACAUCAGGAAAUCUUUUGAAUUAAAAAAUCUAAACCCAUUAGCUGAUCCAAUGGUUUAUCCAAUUUUAUUCCCCAAAGGUGAAAGAGGAUUUGAGAUGUACACCAAACUCGUUUCGAACCCAAGGCCAGUUGUACUUCGUAAUGAAGAACAACCACAACGUCCACGUAUUGCAAUACGUAGACAUGUGGUUGACAACAUAGAUGACGAUCCUCAAGAAGAAUUUCCCAUUCAAGAUGUCGAAGGUUAUGACCUACCGAAUCGCAAGAAACGGAUGUACGUAACUUUGAGACAAUUUUAUAAACAUCGUUUGAUGAUUCGUUCGAAGAGGCCAACCAAUUCGAACAUUAUCGAUGAUAAUGGUAUUGUCGAUACGAAUCAUGAAACGUAUAACGCGCAAAACGGAUUCAUUGCUCUACAUCAUGCAGGAAAAUUAUUUCAACAAUAUUGCGUCGAUGCUUGGGUCCGUGUAGAAGCAAAUGAUUUAUGGUAUUAUCGCCAAAAUCAAAAACAAUUGAGGUCGUCAUCUUAUAAAACUGUUAAAAAAAUGCUUCAAGAUAGAGCUAGAAAAGAAAAUAAACGUGUCGGUAAAAUAGUUAUUUUACCUUCUACGUUUAUUGGCGGUGAGAGAAACCUGCAGCGCAGGUAUCUCGAUGCCAUGACUAUGGUAGCGCGGCACGGUAAACCUGAUUUGUUUAUCACGUUUACGUGCAAUCCUGGUUGGCCAGAAAUCAAAAGUAAUCUUAGAUUACAUCAAAAAUGGGAAAAUAGGCCUGAUUUGGUGUGUCGAGUUUUCCACGCCAAAUUGCUAGAAUUCAUAGAUGACAUCACCGCCAAACAAUAUUUUGGAGUUUCACUCAACUAUAUGUAUACAGUGGAAUUCCAGAAACGAGGUUUGCCGCAUGCUCACAUUCUCUUGACCCUUAGACCCGAAGACAAAUUAGAUACUGAAGCCAGCAUCGAUGCUGCUGUAUCCGCCGAGUUACCAGAUGCAUAUGAGGAGCCCCGUUUGUAUGAAAUCAUAUUACAUCAUAUGAUACAUAAACCUUGCGGCCGUCGAGAUCCCACUGCUUCGUGUAUGGUGGAUGGUCAUUGCAAGAAAUUUUACCCGAAAGAAUUUCGGACGACAACAGACAUACGUGGCAAUCAGAAUCGUCUUGGACAACCCGAAUAUAAGCGGCCCGAUGAUGGGCGGGUAGCAGUUAUGGGUGGACAUCUAAUCGAUAAUCGCGAUGUCAUUCCAUACAACAAAUUAUUGUCGGUCAAAUACGAUUGCCAUUUGAACGUCGAACUGUGUGGAAGUUUAAAGUCGAUAAGGUAUUUAUACAAGUAUGUAGAGAAGGGACCCGACUUUAUAUCUGUACAGCAUGCUGUAUCAGAUGAUAUCGCCCCCCUUCGAGAAGAAAAUGCCAUUAUGGGUACUUUUACCGCCUUCAGUGCGAAUGAUAAUAACAAUCAUCGUGAUCGUCAACGUGAUGUUGUUGAUUGGAAUGAAAUCGAGAAUUAUCAAGAUUACCGAUACGUUAAUUCAAUGGAGGCCUGUUGGCGAUUAUUCGAAUACAAUAUCAGCGAUAGAUCCCAUAUGGUAAUAGUUCUACCAAUUCACGAAGAAGGCGACCAACAAGUAUUAUUCGACGAAGGUCUCGAUGAAACAGAAGAGCAAUUUUUGGAGAGAAUUGAUGGUCCCACAAAAUUAGUAGCAUACUUCAUAUUGAAUCGUUCUGAUCCGGAUGCGAGAUUGUUAAAAUACUGCCAAAUCCCAGAACAUUAUUCUUGGAAUUUUAAUAGAAAGAUGUGGCAACGUCGCAAAAAGAAUUGCAAAGUCAUCGGAUGCUUAGUACAAGUUUCUCCAAUUGAUCAAAAUCGAUUUUAUUUGCGCACGUUGCUACAACAUGUACGAGGAAGUACAAGUUUCCGUUCUCUAAUGACAGUGGACGGUGUCGUUUACGAAGAUCCUAAAUCGGCUUGUCGUGCAUUGGGUCUCCUCAAUAAUACCGACGAAUAUGAUCGUACUUUGCAAGAAGCUAUAUUGACGAGAUGUCCGUUCAUGAGUCGUCAAUUGUUCGGUUUAUUGGCUUGUCUGAUAAUCACUGACAAAGGCGAUUUUGAAAAUAUCUCGGCAAUGUGGCUUCGACACAAAGCCGAUUUAUAUUCUGAUUUUAUCGAUCACGGUAUUAUCGACAUGAAUACUGCCGAACGAAUGGCAUUAUUUCAUAUAAAUCAUGUCAUUCGUAGGUGUGCUCUAGGUGGAGAUCGAUACACUCUAGCCGAUUUAGGAUUGCCCAAUAUCGAUGAUGUCGACGAAGACAUUUUUAGGAAUGUCAUCGUUGACAUUGACGAUUUCACUCGUAAUGGGGGGAUUUCUUUUCAAAAUUUAAAUGCUUUUAUAGUAAACGACAUGGUCGUCGAUGAUAAUUUAAUGGGGAAUAUUGAUGAUGAAUUCAAUUUGAAUAUUGACACUGACAUUAUAGAAGGAAACGUCAUGUUGGAACAAUUAUUAAAUAGUCGAAUUAUUGAUGAAAAUAUACAAUCUCUCAAUACGGAUCAGAAAAAGAUAUUUGACGACAUAUUUUCUACAUUAUCUGAUUCAAUAACCAACAACAUCAAUACCAACAAUAAUACUGAUAACAUCAAUUCUCAUCGGAAUUUGUUCUUCAUUGACGGUCCCGGUGGCACUGGCAAAACUUUUCUAUACAAUUGUAUUAUCGGUAAAGUCAGGCACGAUUUGGCCAAGUCAGUUUUAGCGGUAGCAUGGACGGGAAUUGCGGCAACACUUUUAUCUAAAGGUACUACUGUACAUUCUGCGUUCAAACUACCUUUGAAAUUAACAGAAACGACCGUUCCCGGCUAUCCUGUUGAAAGUAUAAAAGCUCAAGUGAUCAGAGAAUCGCCCAUCAUCUUAUGGGACGAAGCGCCAAUGUCGCCGCGACUGGCAAUCGAAGCAGUUGAUCGAUACUUGAGAGACCUAAUGAAUACCCCUAAAACACCGAUGGGAGGAAAGAUUGUGGUUUUUGGAGGAGAUUUUCGACAACUUCUACCUGUCAUGCCUCGAGCACAUUCCGGCCAGAUUAUCAGAGCGUGCAUCAAAUCAUCUUAUCUAUGGCCGAUGGUGCGUCAGUAUCGUCUUGAAAAAAAUUUGAGAGUAAGCAACAUAUUGACUACAACAGCUGUUGCUGAUGAAAACCAACUUCAUCUUCGUCAAAAGGAAAUCCAAGACUUUGCCCAAUUUCUACUUCAAAUUGGUAAUGAUGACUUACCACACAUCAAAAUGCCCAUUGCAUUUACUCCCGACGAUCUAAUUGAGAUUCCAUCUCGAUUUGUCGUUGAAUCCAUCAACCAAAUUGUCGAAGAAAUUUUCGGCGCAGGUCCUAUUGAUCCCCUUAUUCCCCAACAAGAUCUUGCAAACAAGGCAAUACUUUGUCCAACAAACAGAGCCGUUGAAGAUGUAAAUUCUCUUGUCAUGUCCAAACUAACAUCUGUCAGUCGCACUUAUUUUAGUGUUGACAGUUUCGAACAAUUGGCUGACGGAGAAUCGCAUCAACAACAAGAUAACUUCCAUGUACCCGAAGAUUAUUUGCAUUCCAUAAUCAUAGCUGGACUUCCACCACACGAGCUAACUCUCAAAGUAGGUAGCGUAGUUAUGUUAUUACGUAACGUCGACAUUAUGAGCGGCUUAUGUAAUGGAACUCGAUUACGUAUUCUUACUUUGGGAGAUAAUAUGUUACGAGUGCAAAUAUUGACGGGUAGCACUGAAGCUCAUCGCGGCAAUGUUUUGUUCCUUCCUCGGAUGCGUUUGUCUGCUUCUGAAAACGUAACCUACCUACCUGGAACUGUUUAUCGGUACCAAUUUCCGAUACGACUAGCGUUCGCAAUAACCAUCAAUAAAUCGCAAGGUCAAACCUUCAAAAAGGUAGGGAUAUGUUUAGAAAUGCCAUGUUUUUCUCACGGACAACUUUAUGUGGCUCUGAGUCGCGUAGGUGAUCCAAAUUUUUUGAAGAUUUAUAUUAAAAAUUCAUCGAAACAAGGCCAUUUCAAAUACAGAAACAGACACUUCACAAGAAAUAUCGUUUAUUCUUCCAUAGUAACCACUAACAAAAAUAACACACAAAAUCCACAAUCAAACAUUAAAUUACGAUCAGAAACAACAACAACUAAAACAUUACAAACAACAACAAGAACAACAAGAACAACAACAACAACAAUGAAACCUACAAAACCAACAUCUGUUUUACCACCAGUUCCGGAUCGUAAUGACAAUCGCAUUCGAGUCAUUGAGAAUAUUGUUAUUGUUCCUCCACUUACCACAACAAAUAUUACCAUUAACACUACAACUUCAAAUUUGAAUAUCCCCCAAACAUCACCACACAAACAUAAUAUUCACACUCUCAAUACAAAUGACAUGAAUUUUCAAAAUUUUUCCGAUGAAUUUCAACCAGAAAUUGUCGAAUUCAACGAUGAAAUCGAAGAACACUGGCCAAUUCCAUAUGAAAUUGAUAGAGAAAAUAUUGAAGAGAAAUGUCAACCGAAGGUUGUACGCGGUACAAUUACCAUCACAUCACCCACAGUUACUAUGGAUGACGAAGCAUUAGCCUCUUGUGACGAAGAUCUAGAUUAUGAUGCACAACCAAAAACAGUUUUCAAGAAACCAUUACCUCCAACUGCUUUUCCAUCAUUACACCAAUUGCCUGCUAGACGAUCAGUUCAUGAUCGACCAGGUACAUCAGGUGUUAUCGUUGAAAAAGUAGAUGAAAGUAAUGAGGAAAAACGUCAUCUUCGCCGUCCAUAUUUUUACUCUUCUCAUAGUAGAAACAGAGAUAGCGACGAUGACAGUGAUGAUGAAAAUGUUGAUGAUUAUCAAAAUAAAUAUAUCUCGCAUAAACUUAAAAAGUCCAAAUUUAAUUAA